UUUGAAUGUUUGGUUCUAGCUCACACAGCUUUGACAGGUGAAACUUAUUCACUGUAUUGAAGACUCACAGGUGAAGUUGAAAAUACCAUCUUUUGUAUUUUUGUGCAGGCACGACUUUCUGGUGUUAUACACUGUCCUGGCGUUGCAGAUCUAGGGGUUCCAGUUAAGACGUGGUCAGCCUUCUAAAGAAAGUGGGAAUCUCACCGAAAUAUUCAAUUACUUUGCUGUGUUUCUUGCCAGGACAAAGGCUCAAACCAUCAUCUUCUCCUGGUAUCGAAUACCAAGGGACCUUCUGAAGUAAGCUUUAACAAUGAUCCUUGCAGAUCAUGAUGUCCGUAAAGUUGUACUACCAUCUGGAAUCCCAGAAACGGUGGAUGACCUUUAUUCAGCCAUCCGUGAUACCUUUUCCAUUACAAGAGACUUCUGUCUUCACUAUAAAGAUGCUGAUUUUGGUGAUGAGUUUUUUACCCUUGUUUCGACAACUGACCUUAAGGACAAGGACACAAUCAAGAUUGUGUUUCUCCAGGACCAGGAGCCUACAAUAACCUUGACCUUAAGUGAUGUGACCAACGUGACUGAUAAUCCAUCUGAGGAGGACUCUGUUGACACCUCAUCUGUGUCAACUAAUGACACUCUGAUUCUUUCCGCAUCUGAAGAUAGUCCAGGGCACCGUUACCAGCGCUGGCCUGUUCAGUUUCAGAUUCCCAGCUUUUCUGACCUCACAGAGAUCCAAAUUCGGUCAGCCAACGAGCGCUUCCAAAAAGAUGGGACUCUUCUCCCUACAAAAGAUUUAAUUCCACUGCUUCCUGACAUCCUUAGAAAACUAGCAGAAGCUAUUUAUAAGUAUACUGCUUAUCCAUCCAGUCUGCAGAUCAGUGAGGUUGCAGAGGCCCUGACUCUAAAGCAUCCCUGCCUGAAAGAACCAGGGUCCUUCAAUGGAUGCUAUGGGUGGGCGCAGCGUCUAAAGUACAAGAUGAACAAUUUCAGAAGCAAGCUUAGAGGUCUCGGCUGCCCUGAAGUUGAAGUAAACUCACUUAAGAGGAAAAUGACAUGUGACCAAUACCCGGCAAAGAAUGUCAAAAAACCAAAGAAGGCUGAGGUGAACUACCUACCCCCUCAUGCUCAAGGUGAAACUAGUGAAAGUUUGGAAAAAGAGAGAAUCGAGCUACUGAGUGAAGUGAUGAAAAGGGACAACUCCAGAGUGGUAGCUCAGAAAAUGGACAAGACAGGCCCCUGCCAUCAGUGA